CAACAACAAAGGUUAGUCGCUGUUUCCUGUGAUUGUGAUGAGGAGAAAGCUGACAUCCCUGUUCGAUGGCAGGUGAGCUUUGAUAUUUGGGCAGCGAUCUGGAUUCUUUGGAGCGCCGGGGCAGAGACCGAUAAUCCGUCGAGGCUUGAGGGAAAGGGCGGAAGGACAGGUCACGGUGGUGGGAAUGGAAGCCCCUAUCGAACAUGGGAAGACCGGGACGCAGUAAUGCUGGAGAGAGCGAUGCGAAAAGGGUGGAAGGGAGCGAUAGAAAGGAUGGAAAAAGGAAGAGGAUGAUUAUUUGCGGAAAACUAACCAGGACAUCCUCUGUACAGUCAACAUGGGUCGCAUGCACAGCAAGGGAAAGGGCAUCAGCUCUUCGGCGCUCCCCUACCGCCGCACUCCUCCUUCGUGGCUCAAGACGACGCCCGAGGAGGUCUGCAACCAGAUCUUCAAGCUUGCUCGGAAGGGUCUCACCCCCUCGCAGAUCGGCGUCCAGCUCCGUGACAGCCAGGGUAUCGCUCAGGUCCGAUUCGUCACCGGCAACAAGAUCCUCCGUAUUCUCAAGUCGGAGGGCCUCGCUCCCCAAAUCCCUGAGGACCUCUACCACCUGAUCAAGAAGGCUGUCGCUGUUCGCAAGCACCUCGAGAGGAACCGCAAGGACAUGUCGUCGAAGUACCAGCUCGUCCUCAUGGAGAGCCGUAUUCACCGAUUGGCGAGGUACUACCGCACCAAGGGUGCUCUCCCUCCCACCUGGAAGUACGAGUCUUCGACGGCUAGCACCCUCGUUGCCUAAGCGGUAUUGCACCGUCUUGUGCAUCAUCCGUCUGGGUUGAGCGACGUCUGGUGGGAGAACCUGUUGGAAGGGUCACGGUUCGGUCCACGUAUGAGGGAGUCUAUCACUCUCUCUUUGUAUGAUUCUACACGGCAUGUCUCUCCAUGAACGCCUUCAAAAAUUCACACAUUUCUCUUGUCUCUUUGCGGCCGCUCUACUGUUGAAGUGAAUCAUUCCUCCCACGCCCGAAGCUUCACCACAAAGCAUAGCUCAAGAGCAAGUGCUCCUUGUCUCGAAGUCGAACGCAAUCGGGAAGGGACAGAAAAGCUAGUCGAAAUUCCCCCUUAAGAGGGCCAUGACAAUUAUACACAGGCCGGCCGU